CUGCCAGCGGCGAUGGACGGCAGGGCGGGCGGCAAGAAGGUGACGUCCAAGGCAGAGAGGCGCGCGCUGCAGGAGGCGCAGAGGGCUGCCAAGGCCGCUGCCAGUGCUGGGGGUGCUGCUGCUGGUGGUAAAGUUGCAACCUCUGCUACAGGCGGAGGGGGAGGGGAGGGGGAUGGGCGCAGCAGCAGUGGCAGCAUGGCUGGCGCACAGAAGGGGGGAGGGGGUGGCGGGGGAAAGGGAGGGGGGCGGGGAGGGGAGGAGGGGCAGCACAAGUCGAGCUCGUUGCGGGGCGGGUGGCAGCAGCUGAUGGCUGACGUGGCGGCCGUGGAUUCAUCCCUGCGAGUGGACCUGUUUCGGCAUCUGCCACAGUUUGACCGCGCGGCUCAGAUCCGCCUCGUGGAGGCACGGCUGCUGGACGAGGAGGAGAGCCCCCUGCAGAUCCACCCCGGCGUGUACGAGGCGGGCAUGCGCUUCCUCCAACAGGAUCAGCGCCUGCAGGGCGGCAACGAGCGCUGCCUGGCGAUGCUACAAGCCCUGCGCCUGCUCUUCCUCGACUACCGCCUCCCCGAGGGUCGCCCCCUCAUCCGCGACCUCACCGCCAAGCUCAAUGCGCACGUGGGCUUCUUGAUUGCGUGCCGCCAGCUGUCCGUCGGCAUGGGGAACGCCGUGAGGGCGCUCAAGCAGUGCCUGACGAGGAUGGGCGCUGACCCGGCCGUGCAGGAGGGCGCCGCAAGGACGGCGCUGGUGGCGGAGAUCGACCGGUUUGUUGCUGAGAAGCUGGUGUACGCGGGGCUGGAGGUGGUGCGGCACGCCGCUGGGAAGAUAAGGAGGGAGGGCGACGUGAUCCUCACGUUUGGGUGGUCGGAGCUUGUGCUGCAGGUGCUCCUCUCAGCUGCCAGUGCGGGCCAUGUGUUCCGGGCCAUAGUGGUCGACUCCCGCCCGCACCUGGAGGGCAAGGAGAUGGUGCGCCGCCUGCUGGCGGGCGGCAUUUCCUGUCUCUAUCUGCGGCUUAACGCUGCCUCGUACAUUAUGAAGGACGUGACACGUGUAUUCCUGGGAGCAGCAGCAGUGCUGGCGAACGGGGCGGCAUAUGCGCGGGUGGGCACGGCAGCGGUGGCCAUGAUGGCGCAUGCGCAGCGCGUGCCGGUGCUGGUGUGCUGCGAGUCCAGCAAGUUCCAUGAGCGCGUGCAGCUCGACUCCAUCACUCACAACGAGAUCGGCGAUCCACAGGUGCUGGUCAACACGGGCCUCUCCCCAUCGCUCUCAUCAGACGCACCCGAGGCAGUAGACGCAGCAGAACCAUCUCCCAUGCAGCACUGGCAGAGCACGCCCACGCUCCGGCCCCUCAACAUCCUGUUCGACCUCACCCCAGCAACUACAUCACCGGCAUCGUCACAGAGAUUGGCGUGGUGCCCACGUCGAGUGUGCCUGUCAUCCUGCGUGAAUGCCGCAAUCAGCUGUACUAGAUGGCACGGGAUGGAAUCAUGUGGCUCCCAUGUGAUACCAUCGACAUGCGUUGUUCCAGUAUGCCGGCUGGCUAUUUCCACAAGAGAUAGUUGUGUUAGAGUACAGGGGAGGGGACGUGGCAAACAGUCUCGAUGGUAACCAGUAGAGAUAUUUUAUCAGCGCAGUUUCAGUUCAGUAUGGGUCUUAGAAGAGAGAAGUGAGUUGUAGUAUUGAGGGAUAUUCAGAAGACAUUUUAACGCAGUUGCAGUUC